UGCAGCAUCUCUGCCUCGCCUGCCUGCCUGCCUGGCCUCACAGAGCCCCUGUCUCGGCAGUCUCCCUAAUGCAAACGUAUAUGAACUGCUCAGUAAUGGGGAUCGCUGUGAACCUGGGCGCUUGCAUUUCCUCUAAACGGAGAGAGACGGACGAAUAACAGACUCGACAUCGGUAAAGUGUGCUAUUUAAAAACUGGAGCACUGCGUUCGUUUAUCAUAUUUGUGUUUAUAACCGUUUUUAUUUAUUCUCAAAACGUUGCUGCCGGUCUUCAAAAUAUAGCCCGAUUAGGAAGUUCUCGUCAAUAAAGAGCAGGAUAACCGCACAUCAAGUCUAGUUCAAUCUUUCUCCAGACCGAUUGAAUAGCCGAUUUGAGGACUCCGAAGGAUUUCUUUAUCUAUUGGCCACUACGUCCAUGUCUUUGAAGACGGAUUAUCCAAACCAUUCAACAAGGUAACUCCUUCCUAUCGAGACCUUGGCUCCCCAAGAAUGAGCUGUCAAUGACUUAUCCUCCAGGCCUGUCGUCUCUUCCCGGCUGGGGAGUCUUCUAGAAGGGGGCCCCUCUUGACCACCAUGAAAGGGUUAGGAGCCAAACGCAACCGCCAUCUGUCUGACUCCUGCGACCCCACCCAGGGCCCCCCGGAGCCCCUGUACUCACACCAGGCCUCCACACUGCCUCGGAGCCCCUAUCUCCUCAGCCCCACCAGCAUGGACCACUACGGCACCAUGGAUCCCCGCCACUACAACCCAAGUAUGGAAGCCCACCACAACCAGGGAUCCCUGCCCCCGGACUACUCCCUCCCCCUCAACAACCAGCUGUCCAACAGCAGCACCUUCCCCCAUGUCCACUACAACUCCCAUUAUGACCCCAGCGACUUCUCCCUGCCACAGGAGGACAGCAUCGGCGGCAUAAGUACAGGAACCCUGGGCACCUCCAUGUCGAUGGGGAUGGGGAUGCAUGGAAUGGGGGGCCUGCAGAGCAGCCGGGGGGCCAUGAUCACCAGUGGUUCUGCUACUAUCUCCGGCGGGGCCAAGAUGAACCGGCAGUUGCAGCCCAACCUGUUGGACCAGUUGGAGAAGCAGCUGCCCGGGGGGCCUCGUGACGGCUUCAGCACGUUGCAGUUCCACCGGGGCACAUCGGCUGCCCUCUCCGUCGCCUCCAAGCAGCGCACCGACAGCCCCGGGCGCAUCCGUAACCUGAUGUGCUCCGUCCAGAAGCUCUUCGCCAAGUCACAGUCCAUGGACGGUCACAACCUCAAGGGCGUCAACGGGCGUUCGGGGACAGGUAGCGGUAGCGGCGGGACCUCGUCCGGAACCGAGGACAGCGGGAAGCGGGACCGGCGAGCAAAGAGCAAAGACCGGGGCGGAGCCAAGUCCGAUGGGGGCGGGACGGGCAAGCGGCGGCCGCGUUCCAACAUGUCGGGCUACUGGAGCUCGGACGACCUGGACAACGCCGACCUCAGCAACUACCGCAACCCCAUAGCCAUGACGCUGGGACGCCCCACCACCCAUGCCACCCAGCACACCACCCAUGGUAUUACCUACGAUGCUCAGCAGGGGGCAAUACAGCAGCAGCAGGGACAGCAGAGCCGCUACGUGGUCCACAGUGGCUACAACACCAUUAGUUCGUCUAAGAGCAGCAACGAAGUCAUGAAAUACCAGCAGAUGCUGGCAGGACCCGGAGGUGGGGGAGGAGAGGGAGGAGGGGGAGGAGGGAUCAGCAUGGGAGUGAACACUAAUGACUUUAUAAAGGGAGGUUCGUGGUCGACGCUGACCCUGGGUCAGCCCAGGCAGGUGCUGCAGAAGGGCCACUCGGCUACCCUAGACCGGUCCAUGCUCAAGUCCAAGUCGUGCCAGCAGGAGCUGGCCUGCCACUACCUGCAAGUGGGCCGACAGGGGGACUGGAGUAGCACGCUGGGCCGCAGCGGAGGAGGAGGAGGAGCCAAUGAGAUCCCAUGUCGGCGCAUGCGGAGUGGCAGCUACGUGAAGGCCAUGGGUGACCUAGAGGACAGCGACGACUCAGACGGCAGCCCCAAACCCUCGCCCAAAAUGGCCGCCCGCCGUCAGAGUUACCUCAGGGCCACCCAGCAGUCUCUGAGCGAACAGCUACCGCCACGCAAGAGCAGCAGAGCCCUGGAUUACGCCAUGCUGCAGGGGGAGCUGGAAGCACUGUGGUCUCCUCUGCACAGUGUGUCCUCUCUGCACCAACUGGGCAGCUGUCUUCCUUCACUGCGAGAGCUGUCUACCAAUCGUAGCCUGGACAACCUGGACUGUCUGGGGGAUCCGGUGAGGGGCUCCCUGUUCCCCCGCUGGGACGAUGAGGACUUCAGCCAGGGAGGCGGCUGCAGCACCCUGGGGAGGAGCAGCUACAUGGGCCAGCUGCAGGACCUGGAGAUGAUUAGCCAAUGCUACGACGAUAGCUGCUCUGAGUCGGCGUUCCGAGAAUCCCACACACUCUCACACUCCCAUUCCCAGGCGGUGGAGCCUCCGGAUCUACCAAUGCCCACGUGCUUCCGAUCCCGUAGCCAUAGCUACCUGCGGGCCAUCCAGGCCGGAUGCUCACAGGAUGACGACACUGCUUCCGUGGACUCGGAUUCACCGCCGCCCACCGCCACUACCGUUCACACCUAUAGCACCAGCACUGUCUCCACAUGCAUCACCACCUGUAAGAAGCCUGUGCCACCGCCCGUGCCGCCCCGCACCACUUCCAAGCCCUACAUCUCUGUGACGGUGCAGAGCAGCACUGAGUCAGCCCAGGACACCUACCUGGACCACCAGUCUGAGCGUGAUCGCCGCAGCAGGACCAUUACCAGUCAGUCCAGCCAAGCCCACAGCAACUCCUCCGACAGCCUCGACAGCACGCGCGCCAACAGUUUGGCUCGGGGUCUCCCUUGGCCCAUCCCCGUCCCUGUCGCCACCCCCCGGGAACCCCUCACCACCACCACCGUCCACCACACCACCACCGGGACUGACACCAACGACUCCCAGCGUGAAGCCUUGAAGACGACGGGCACCAACAGGGGGAACCUGAUGGCAGAGGAGCCCCUCGCGGACAUCGUGCCCCGGAGGAAGCUUUCCUCCAUAGGCAUACAGGUUGACUGCAUUCAGGAGGAAGUCCAACGAGUGGAGACACAGACACCACCAUUGGCCAGAUUCCAGUCAAUCGGAAUACAGGCGGACGACGGCUGGCAGCUCAGUCGCUCCAGUAACAUGGCUUCCAAGCAGGAGACAGACUCAGACCUACAGGACCUCCCUGUCAUCUCCCACGCCAAGCCCGCCCCCGAGAAGAAGAGCAUGGUCAACAACGCCUGCCAAUCCAUGGACUCUCCCCCGAGUGGCGGCCAGUUCAGCCAAGGUAACGGAUCAAAUCCCACCGCUGACAACAGUACGUCUCCACCUCCGCUACGACAGUUCCUCAACCGCUCCACCACACGGUCCUCCUCCGACUCCUUCGCCGAGAGCCUGGAUCCGGCCCUGGACCCCUCGUUCCUACCCCCUCCGGACCCCUGGCUGGAGAGUGGGAAUGAGAAUGGGGGCAGUGGGAACCCUAACGCGGUGCCCCCUCCAGGCCCUGCAUGCCGGCGGGACGGCCAUUGGUUCCUUAAGUUGCUGCAGGCAGAGACGGGCCGCAUGGAGGGCUGGUGCCAGCAGAUGGAGCAGGAGACCAAAGACAACCAGCUCUCAGAGGAGGUGUUGGGGAAAGUCCGCAGUGCAGUGGGCAGUGCUCAGCUCCUCAUGACCAAGAAAUUUGAGCAGUUCAGAGGACUGUGUGAACAAAACUUGAAUGUGAACGCCAACCUGAAGCCCACAGCCCAGGACCUGGCAGGCUUCUGGGACCUGCUGCAGCUCUCCAUCGAGGACAUCAGCCUCAAGUUUGAUGAGCUCUACCACCUGAAGUCCAGCGACUGGCAGCCCCCUGCCGUGGCCCACUCGCCACCCGAGCGGAAGAAAACCUUGCAUCUCCAAAACUGAAGCUUUUCAGGAAACAAAAAAGAGCUAGAUUUUACAUACAAGCACAAAACUUCAGAAGUUGUUUUGAAUACUUUUAGUCCUAAAGUCAUAAAAUAUUCAAAGUGGGGAGUUACCCCUUUCAAUUCAUCAACAAAAAAAGGUUUUCUUUCAACAGCAACAACGCCUUGCAUCCUCUCACUCUCCCCCCCCCACAUGUCUCUUCUGUUUCCUUGUGGUUGACGGUUGACUUCGUCCAUUGCGGCCCUCCACCAACACCACCAGGAGGACCAGAAAGAGUCCCCUCCUCCAGUGCCAAAGAAGCCCGUUAAGGGGAGGC